AAAGAUUAAAGGUUUAUGAUGAAAAAUAACUCUCAUUCAAAAUUUAUUAAUGGUUAUAAGAAUAAAUUAAAAAUUAAUGUAUCACUAUAUAAAAUAGUCAUAAAUUUAAGAUGUUUUUGGAGUUAAAUGGAUAAUUUAUAAAUAUAAUUGAUAAACGCAAUGAUAUUUCAUAAAUUGUAAUGAUUACAAAUUAAUAUGAAUAGUUAUAGGUAUAAAACCGACAAUUGGAAGGUUGUUAACAUAAACCGAAUGGUGGAGUUGGCUCAUAGAAUGCGCGCAUUGGAAAGUAGCCAGGGUUCGAAACCCCCUGACAUCAAAAUUUUUAAUAAAGCUUGUGAUUUAACUAUUGGGCUCUUGAGUGGUACAUAUAGUAGGAGGACUACUAAAAAUUGGGCCCUCCGAAUUCAUGGGCCCUGACAUCAAAAUUUUUAAUAAAGCUUGUGAUUUAACUGUUGGGCUCUUGAGUGGUACAUAUAGUAGGAGGACUACUAAAAAUUGGGCCCUCCGAAUUCAUGGGCCCUGUGCGGUUGCACUGGUGGCACUUGCCUUGGGCCGGCUCUGGGUAGUGAGGAGCCGAGGUAGAGACGAGGCCGGAGGUUUGGCACAACAAGGAAGAUGCGUAGAGAAGAGGCGGGCGAUUUUGCGUAGAGAAGAGGCGGGGGAUUUUGCGGAGAGAUGAAAUGGGCAGAGAAGAGGCGAAGAGAAGAUGAUGAGCUGGGAAGAAGUGCCCAGGAAAGAAAAGAAAGACGGAUCCGGUUACUUUUAUGUGCCGGAUGUUGUAUUCCUUUACAAAGUUGCAAUUUCACUUUUGUGAGCCUAACGUAUUGGACGGCAUCAAACAAUCAAACAGCGGCACUAGAUGCUGAAUGUGCUAGAUGGAACAAUGAUCAAAGCAAACUUUGCUUGGAUUGUAAUUCGUGCAAAGCAGGAGUACUCGUCGGCAUCAGGAAUAAAUUGAUAAUUGCAUGUAUAGUUCUGGCUGUUUUCUAUCUGUUAGCGUUUAGUGCUUGCAUUAUUUUUGUUUGUGUUAUUUGGUUCUAGAAAAUUUAUGUGACGUGUCUCAAAAGUAUCGGAACGGAUGUUGAACAUUUUUUUAAUGGAUCUCUUACUUUGGAAGAAUAAUGAAUAAUAUACCCAAAAAGGAUGACACCCCAUCCCUGAGGGCCCCCCAACACCGACCGGACGGCACGAAUGUAGAAUUGAGUGCUACAUAUGUAAUGAAUAAUAUACCCCGUACUACAUAUGUAGUAGAAUUGAGUGCUUC